UCGGCGGCCAAACUUGUCCCGGCCCCGCUCCAGCCGGCGCUGGGGGCUGAAGCAGGCGCGGCCGCCGGGGCCGAGCCGGGGCUGCUGCUUCGAGGCGAGCCGGACCUUGCUCUGCCUGCCCGCUGGCUGGCCGCCCGCCCGCCCCUCGGGGCUCCCCCCCCGUCCGCCUCCCUUUCUUCCUCCUUCCUCUCUCGCGCUAUGGAGUUUACUGAAAGGAAGAGGAGCAGGAAAUCCCAGAGCUUCAAGCUGAUCCAUCAAGAUUAUCACCACGAUGCAUACAAGAUCUCGGACUACAGUAAUGAUGUUAACGGAGAGGCUAAAGAGACACAACUAUUUUAUUUAGGAGAUGAAAGCCGGGAAAUUAAAAAACAAAUUACAGGGAUGAGAAGAUUACUGAAUGACAGCACUGGAAGAAUUUAUCAGCGAGUUGGCAAAGAAGGAGAGAAACUGAAGGAAGAACCCCAAGAUUUAGACUUGGCCUGGACUCCACGCCUGAACCCCCCCCCUUCAGAGACCCCGGCGAACCUUCAUCCGUCUCCAAGUGGUGCGUGGAAUGAAAUACCAGCCCAGACGAGCCACUUUUCAGGGCAGUAUGGAACUCGUUCCAAAACAUUCCAGAACCAAGCAAGAACUGUAGGUUUGAAUGGAGAAAUUCCAGUGGCUAAUUCCUCAGCUGGCCCAAACUGUUGCACGUGUAACUGCCAACCGGCAUUGCAGGCUAUUCUUCAAGAGCUUAAGACCAUGAGAAAAAUAAUGCAGAUUCAAGCAGUUGCUGCUCAGAACAGACAACAGUCUUCUGUUCCUUUGGUCAACGCACAGAAAUCAACAGUGUCAAGGAAGAGAAAUAAAAAGAAAAAAUUGCCCCCAAAGACUAUUGAACCUCUUACUGUGAAUAAGAAACCAAGCACUGUAGAGAAUGAAAAAAAGCUACCAGCGAACGCUGCAAGGCCUGGCACGGAAGCUUCUGAAUCUUCCUUGAAAUUGGAGCCACAGGUUUCGGGAUUUGGCAUCGUCCUCGAGUCGUCAGCUUCAGAUCCAGAAGUGCAGCUUGCUGAGGGCUUUGACGUCUUCAUGCCCAAAUCUCAACUGGACUCUAUCUUAGCAAAUUACACUCGUUCCGGGAGCCUGCUCUUUCGGAAGCUGGUGUGUGCAUUUUUUGAUGACAAGACCUUGGCCAACUCCUUACCCAACGGCAAGAGGAAAAGAGGCCUCAACGAUAAUCGAAAAGGACUAGACCAAAAUAUUGUGGGCGCAAUAAAAGUGUUCACAGAAAAAUACUGCACUGCAAACCAUGUGGAUAAACUGCCUGGCCCAAGAGAUUGGGUGCAAAUUCUCCAGGAUCAAAUCAAACUGGCGAGAAGACGAUUAAAAAGAGGUUCAGCAGAGACAACUGACUGUGAUGAGAAACUGGACAUUUCUCUAUUACAAACAGGUAGCCUAUUUGAAGCCACACAUUCUGCACCAGUGUUUCAUUAGCGGCGUCUCCAUCUUUAAGUCUGAGUAGGAAACCAGCAACCUCUUCAAACUACUUCAGUAUCCAUAUUCUACUCCACAAUGGCCUCAAUCUUGUGUUCUUUUCAUGCUUCUGUAACCGGAGAUAACAAAGCAACCAAAAGCAACCAAACUGAUUCCUUUAUUUUAACCAAAAUAGUUGUGUUCAGCAGCAAGAAUAGUGUGCACUUAGUCUGGUAACCACUGUAAUAGAACAAAUUUUGCCUUUAUGAUUGUGUUUUCCCACAUCAGUGUGUGCAUGCUGGCUAUUUAUUUCAUCUUCACUUAAAUAGAGGGACAUAAAUGCAGUUGGAAGCCUCUUGUCCUCUUAGGGGGAGCUCUGAAGGACGACCUUUCCCCUUUUAUACAGGAACAAGAAACUACUAAGUUUUAGUGAAUCCAUUCAUUCUGAUGUGUUCUAGGAUGCACACACAACCACUUACGAUUCCUCUCAUUGGGUAAAGAUGGUGAAUUUCCAAAUGUUCUUACCAGAAUGAAACCUCAGUGUACAUGAAAGCUAUAAGAACCCCCGUCAUCAGUCCAUCUGUGUUGCCUGGUGUCCAGGCCAGAGCAAGUAUUUUGUGAGUGUGAAGUGGCUUUUGUUUGACACUAAGGUUUUUUAGACAUUUGACUUGGCAGAGCCCUUGGUUGAACCCUCUCCACUGCCCCCGGCGUUCAGCUUGGCAGCUCUGCCUAGUAAGUCCAAACAAAGUUAUUUCAAGAACAAAAUGCUGUCAAUAAAAACUCCACGAGACUUUCAUGUUAUAACAAAUCUGAGCAAUGAUUUGUAAGUCACCUUGAGCCAUGAGGGAAGGAGGACUAUAAAUAUUUUAAUCAAUAAAAGCAUACAUGUUGGAGGUUUGAGGGGUAGAGGUUAGUUUUCAUGUGUUCGUAUUCUCUCAUGCCUAAUUCCUUAGUGGAUGCUGGGACAGUCCAUUGAGAAGAGGAACAGAGUGAGGAGGGUAUAUAAAUAGCCACCCGAGUAGCCCCUUACCUUCAGGAACCUCUCCAGCACCCCCGAUACACCAGGCGCCACAGAAGUUUUAGUGCACCAUCUCCCUGACCAAUGUGGCUUUUACAUGCUGCUUACAUGUAAUGGAGGGAGGGGGCGCACUUGCUGGCCUUGGGAGCACAUGCUCUGGAUUUCUGCAAGCUUUCCUUUGAGGAGGGGGAAGGGUCCUGCAUUUUGAGUUUCCAUGCAUACGGACCUACUUACGGAGUUACUAACUGCAUGUGCCCUCUCCGUUGCCCUUGCAAUGACAAUCCACAGCCCGGUGAGUGUCGGGGCCCAUCCCUGUGAGUAAACACGGCCAAGGAGGAAAGGGGGGUGCUUAUAAUGGUCAAGGAUAUGCCAGUUAUCCCCCCCCACACCUUCAUCCCACACCAUUUCUGAAAAUAAGUCGAUGUCCAAAAGGCCUCUUUGCCAAAGUCCACACGCACUGUUGGCAUGCCCCAGUCUGAUAUUUGCCCUAUGACAAAGGGUAGUUCUGAGAAAAACCAAGAUGCAAAAUUCGUGCCAUGUAGUCCUAAGUGUGUCCCACCUUACAAAACAAACGAGGAAAGACAUAGAUGGCCACAUCAGUCUGUAGCAAAAUCCAAAAACAAAAGCCAAGGAAAAGGUAUUACCAGGUUUUUGUUUUUGAAUUUUUAAGUAAGUACUUAGUCAUUUGCUAGCAGUGUUGAGUUUAAUUUCUUUCAAAGGGUCUGCAGUUGUCAUCGUUAUAUCCAUUUCCUUUUCCAUUCCUUAAUGUAACGCAAGCAAUCUCUCCCCCACCACUUAAUAGUUUCAAUUUGUUUCUGUUUUUAAAUGGGAAAUUUGUCGAGAGCAUAAAUCUACAUACACUGAUCUUUACACUUAACACACUGAAACCUCACAGAUAGCAUUUGAAACAGAGACGGCCUGUGCAGACCUCUUAUCUUAGAAUAACCAGGCUUUUGAGUGUAAAGCUACUGUAGUCGUGUUUGUUAAUGAAUGGAUAAGAACUGAGCAUUUCAUAGGUAGUCAUCGCAAGCACACCAAGGGACUGUGCUAUAAAAAAACCCUGUGUUUGGCUCAGGCAGCAUAACCACUUCCUCCACAGCUCAAUAACUCUGUUAUGGGAUUUUGGAAUUAAUGUGACCUAUUUAUUAUUGAAAUGUGGCCCUGUUUCCUUGAAGAAAAGUUUGAUCCAACAUGUGCUGCAGUCUUUAAAAGUGCAUUUCUUCCUCAAAGACUGAUGGGGCUGCUUCAUUGUGAAUGGAACCUCUCAAUCUCCCCACCCUCUUUAUGGUAAAUCUGCAAAUAAAGUAUCCUUACUGUAACUGUUAACCAACCAAAUCAGCUUUUCUUUUGUAAAUCUUAAAACAAUUGUAUUUGUGUCUACUUAACUGUGACUACUGUUCAAACUUUAUUCAGAAGUCUUUUUAUAGGUUUUAUUAGGAAAAUCAUUCCAUAUUUAGGUAAAAAAAGUGUCUCAAUCUUAUGUAUAUAAGUUUUAUUAAUAUGUACAUAUUUAGCUAUUUUUUAAAUUACUAUGUUCUUAAUAAACAACAAGGGACUAGUUGUGAAAUGGUGCAUAAACUUGUGUUGUGUUUAUCAAUCUCUGGGAAUCCCUCUUUGUCAAGAAUACAAUAAAUUGCUCUAAUGCAA